UUGCAAAUGGCUGACAGAACGAGAGAGGAUGGGUCUUGAUUUCGUAUGCCCGAAAUUAAUAUUUUUAAAAAAUGUCGUGUAUCGUUCACACGUGCUAGCUUGAACGGUGUUUCUCGUUGAAAUUACUGUCAUAAUUAUACGUGAAUUGAACGCAAGCGUGGUAAGUGUAACAAAGUACGCGGGAAAAAAAUGACUCGUGGCCGGAGACACGCGCCCUCAGUUAAACUCAUCCGGUAACCGUCUCGAGGCACGUAAGCGCGUGGAAUUUCGAAUUAAUCGAUAGCAUUGUGAUUGUACGUGGCCGCAGUCGGAAAAUAUCGUUUAUAAUGUGAAAUGUGUUACAAUACCAUCGACGAAAAAUAUUUACGUAAAGUAUAACGUGUAUAAUCAUCAAGAGAAGGAGAAUCAAAGGUUUUUACUAUAAAAUAAAGUAAAGUCAAGUGAAAAUGCCUGCUGUGAGCAUUUGUGAUCCGGUUGCGGCUACACUCCGUCGUACUUUGGAGACCAACCAGACCAAAACAUCAGAUGACUUGUCAGCGAAUUUAGUCACCAGUGCAUCAAGAAUUCUUCAGUCAGAAAUCCAAUAUAAAGAAGUUGAUGACUAUCAAACAACAAUUUUGGAUCAAUUAAAAGCAAAAUACAUUGUACUAAAUUUACCAAAUUCUGAGAGCUCUGAUGACAAGAUGAAAGAUGGAACAAAUUAUGCAAAAAAGAAUGAAAAGGCAUUUAAAGGACCCAGCCUACCAGAACCAACUGUUACUUUAUAUUCUCCAAAGAAAGUUAGCCUAGGAUGGAAAGGUACAUUUCCAGUUGGGGCUGGCAUGUAUAAUGUUGGAAAUACAUGCUACUUAAACAGCACUCUUCAAGCUUUGUUUCAUGUGCCAGCACUUGUAAAUUGGUUAUUGUCAGACUCUCAUCAUGCAUCAAAAUGUGAACAAAAUGGUGCGUUGUUAAAAUUUAUAACUCAUUUGUCGAACCAUGGCCCCAGGACAGCAAGAAGAUGCUCAUGAAUUUUUACGUUAUUUAUUAGAAGGCAUGGAGAAAGCUUAUUUAACAAGACACAAAGCUAGCAAACUAGACAGUUACUCUAAGGAAACAACACCUAUUAACCAAAUUUUUGGUGGUUAUAUUCGUACUGAAGUAAAGUGCCUACAGUGUCGGCAUGUUUCCACUACUUUUCAACAUUUUCAAGACUUAUUAGUUGAUAUACGUAAAGCAAGUACUCUGGAUGAAGCAUUAAGUAGCUAUUUUAGUCGUGAGCAAUUAGAUAACAAUGAUUACAAAUGUGAAGCUUGCAAAAGAAGAGUUCCUGCUACAAAACAAUUUAGCUUAGAACGACCCCCGAAAGUGCUUUGUGUACAAUUAAAAAGAUUCAGCGUUUUAGGAGGAAAAAUAUCUAAACAUAUAGGUUUCAAGCAAACUAUAGAUAUGGGUCCUUACCUCUGGAAAGAACCAGGAGAACCUACACAAUCACUUACAUACAAACUUAUGUCAAUAGUUACACAUAUGGGUCCAUCAGUUAAUUGCGGGCAUUAUACUGCAGUUGCGAAGGUUUCAACAGGCCAAUACUAUUCCUUUGAUGACUCUUGUGUUCGUCCACUUAGUUUGAAUAAUGUUUUUAAUACAAAUGCUUACAUAAUGAUUUUUGAAAUGGAACAACAAACACAAUCUCAAAUUCAUGCUCAACAGACUGUUAAAUUAAAUGGUACAAUGACUGUAAACAAUACAUUAUCUUCAGGAAAUACUAUGAAUAAAACUAUAACUCCCAAGGCAUCAACAUCUGGAUUAUUUUCGUUAAAUGGAUUAGCUAAUGGCAUAUCAAAUAAUAAAGAUAAUACUGGCAAUUCAGAAAUAAAUUUACAAAUACCGACAAAUAAAAAUUCAGGACUUCAAUUUGCUAUUCAAAAGACUACAAAUUUUAUUGGGCCACAGUUACCACAAAAAUUACAAGACAAAUCUCAACCAAGAUUAGUUAUGCAUAUUAAAAAUGGAAAAAUUUUGAAUGGGAAUAGUUUAGUUCCCUAUGAUGGAUCCAGUGAAGAAGAGGAUGUUAAUUCUGUUGAAACAUUAAAAAAUCACACAAAUUUAAAUACUUCUACAAAAACAAACACUUCCACUAAUACUACUAAUGGCACACAGAAAUGUUCCUCAGUAAAAACUUUCCCUAAAGUAAUACUUAAUUCUAAAGAAGUGCAAAAGUGUGCAUCAAAGACAAAUGGCAGUAGUGUGUCUCAGAAUCAAAGUAAUGUAACGCAAUGUAUAAAAACACAAAAUGGCUCUAGCUGUAGUACCAUUAUAAGUACAAUAAAAUAUCAAAAUGGUAAAUCAGAAACAAACGGAAAGGCAGAAAAUGGUAAUAAUAAUAGUAAAAAUAAAUGGCAUCAGCCUGUUAGAAAAGCGGGACAAGAGGACAAAGUAAUUACAAAAGUUACAAGCAGCAGUAUGAAAGGUUGGCAAGUUUCAAAGGAUACAUCAUUUUCUGCCACGUCAGCUGCAACAUCAAAUGGCUGGUCUGUGACGGAUAAGGAAGAUAUUCAUAAAAUUGGUCAAAAUAAUAUGACACCCAGUGCUGCAGCUUUAAGAGAUUUCAAUGGAACAAAUCGUUCUGAUACGGUUUCCCACUUAUUAAAGAUGUCUCAUCGUGGUUAUGGCAAUUCUUCGGUUACAAAUUGGAAUGGUAAUAGAACACAUUUAGAUAGAGAAGUUGACAAUGAUAGAAGAGAAGAGCGUAAGCGACAUUUCAAUGCAGAUGAUGAAGAAAUAGACCGUGGUCGAGUAAAGAAAGUAAAAGAUCAUCGAACGUAUGAAGAAAGAAAUAACUCAGGGUAUAAUCCUUUCCAAGAAUAUCAAAAUGGCAAAACGUGGAACCGAUCUCUCGGUGGUUAUUACCGGAGACAUUACUAUAAUACUUCCAAUAAUGUACGACCGCGGCAUGGUAGAAAUUACAGACCUCCACAUUACAGAUAUCAUAAUCAUUCUCGUGCACAUUGGCAACGAGAAUAAAAUAAAAUAAAAGGAAAUGUUGUUGGGAAAAAUUUCGAAAGCAAUUCGAUGUCGGAAGACUUAAUUUUCAAUUGCUAAAACAAAUUAUAAUUUUUCAAUAUAUUAAAAUUAAAAUACAGAUGUGGCAGUGCUGAUUUAGAUAAUUAAUGUUGGAGGUUCAACAUUUAUUGUAAUGAAUCGUUAAACUGCGUUGUAACAACCUUGCAUAUUCCUGAUAGUUUUCGUACUCUACUGUUGCUUGUAGCUCAUGUGUCUAUGGAUAUUGUACAUAGUACACGGGGGAUGAGUAUCAGCAGGUCUGCCAAUCUUGUGUUCAGUAUGAACGGAGCAAAUUUGUUUAUACUAAAUGAUAUGUGCAUUAAUUUAGAGUGCGUAUUAAACGUAUGUAUGGAUGCAAUUUUUAAGAGUUUAAACAGUAAUUCGCAUAUGAUAACUUUUUAACUGGUUUUUUAAUGCUUUAGUUAUGAUUAUAAAAUUAUGUUUCUAUGUAUUCUUUUUUAAUUUAAAAUAACAACAUAUUACGUAACAAUAUAAAACUCUUCAAUAAAUAUUUCGUAUUAAUCUUAUGUUACUUAUGUUAAAUUAAAAUUGUGAACAUAAUAUUCCAUGUAUAUCUAUAUUCGAUAGAUGUUUCACUGUUUAUAGAAGUGUCCAUACAUUUUCAAAUAGAAAGCAUGUUGAGUACUAUAAAAAUAAGUUGGUUUUAACAGUGCAAAGAUCAAAUUAAGUAAAAAGGAAAUAUUCCGAAAAUUUCACGCUGGAGAAUAUUUUUCAUUUACAAUAUAAUAAUCCGUCCUUUAUUUUAAUUGAUAAAGAUACUCCUCCCUCAUCGAGCUAUAACAAAAAAAAUUUAAUUAAACAUCAAUCUUGCUCGAUCAAAAAACAUAGUCUUCGUCAUUGCUUACUGAAGAAAAGUAUAUUCGUAAUAAUUAAUUAAUCAUUGAUUAAUUAGUAAGUAAAUGAUUUCUCUAAAUGCGCGACUUCAAUUUUCAUUUUUUAACAUAAUACACAUAUUAUUCCAGAGCGAUUGUGGAACUUGUGAAUAAUCGAAUGAAGAGUAUUUCAUGGUAAUGGAUAAUAGUAUCAACUUAUUGAAAUAUUAGUUUAAAAAAAGGAAAAAAAAUUGUAAAUUAUAUAAAUGUAGAAUUUUAAUAUUAUGGACUUUUCAUAGAGCAUUAAAAAUUGCAAAGCCAUAGAUAAUUUGUUAAGCCAAUGAUUAAAAAAAAAAUACAGCUGGCUUUUCGCCUGCUCGUUAUAUAUAAUACCUCGUUAUAUUAUUCUACAAAUUAAAUACUAGCCAAAAGAAAAAAAGAAACAACCAUAUACUAAGAUCUGGUGAUUAUUAUACAUUUUAUAGUACUCUAUAUUUUUCAGAAGAUACAUGACUUGAAUAUAUAUGCUAAACUCGUAUCUUUAUGCAAAAGAUUAGUCGCAAUUCAAUAAUCAUAUUAGCUUAAUAUUACGGCGAAUAUAAUUACCGUAAUAUAGGCUUAAGUUAAGUAUGAUAUUGCGUCGAAAUAUAAUAAUGGUUUUUGCAUUGUACAAAUUCAUGUAUCAUUUGAAGAAUAAGAUUCAGAGUUCUGUAAAAUCGAUACAUCUGAUAUUGUAAACGUAUGUGAUAUCACUCCGUACAAUGGUGAACAACAGCAAACGCCAGAUUGAAUUUAUAUAUUAAGUAUCACGAAUGAAACGGAAAUUGUCGUUUGUACAAUAUUCGAACUAUCGAUAUAAACAGAGUGAAAGAAACGAUAAAUCCAUAGAAACCAAUUCAUUUAUAUCGUACAGAAAAGGAAAAGACUAUCGCAUUUUUAAGCGAAGAUACUGUAAUCUGUAGACGCACGUAAUCUAUUUUUAUUUUUAUCGUAUAUUCUUAUAAUUUGUAAGAAGGUAAUUCUUUAUAUUUCUUCAUUUACUCCAUCGUUUUGAAAUGGAGUUUUUGAUGAAAAAGGAAAAUCCUUCAUUCAAUGAGCUCAUAAGAACUCUCGAAAGAAAUGUAGCGAUUUUAAAAAUAGAAAAUCAUUAUAAUUUAAAAAUCAAUUAUGAAUUGGAUGUUAAACUCACAUGGUUCCAUAAUAUAUCACGUAGUCUUACGGACAAACUUGAUUCUUUAUGGAAAUUGGCUGAAACGCAUCAGUCAACAGAAAAUGAAAUAAAACAAUUUGCUGAUCAAAUUGCAAGUUCAUGGACUUCUAUCAAUCGUCAGAUUUACGAAAAAUAUUCUAAAAUACGAAUGGCUAGUCGAACAUUACACGGAGUACCAUUAUCAAUAGUUCUAGAUAGAAUAAAAAAGGAAAUUAUUGUAUUCAAAAUAUCAUUACAAUUUUAUGAAUCUACUUAUGAUCAAGAAUAUAUAUUAAAAGGAUACAAACUAAUUACUGAAAGUGAAGAACUUAUAAGCAGCUUAGGAAAAUGUGAUAGCAAGUUGCAACAAUACUUAUCCAUAUCAAAUAUUACGCCUCAUCUCAUAAAAUUAGAAUCUGCGAUUGACAAAUAUGUUACGAACGUUGAGGUGCUACCUACAAAAAAUUCAUUUGUACCUGAUUUAAGUAUCUUUUCGUUAGUUGCGAAAUUAUUAACCGGUGAUUUACUCGGUUAUGAAUCUAUCGAUCCCAAUUAUAUUUUAAUAGAAAAUAUGCCCAAAAAACCAGUUUUUAUUAUCAAGAAUAUUAAACGUAAAACAAUUUAUCCAUAUCAUUCAACAUGAAACAUAUGUAUUUAUACUAUGUAAC